AUGCUAAAAAUUAUUAUUCCCACUACAAUACUUAUCCCUCUGACAUGAAUAUCAAAACCCAAUAUAAUUUGAAUUAACACUACAUCACACAGCCUAUUAAUCAGUUUAAUCAGCCUAUCUUAUCUUAAUCAACCAAACGACAACUACCUGAACUCUUCAUUACUAUUUUUCUCCGACUCCCUGUCAGCACCACUGCUAGCACUAACAACGUGACUUCUACCCCUCAUACUUAUAGCUAGCCAAUAUCACCUAUCAAAAGAACCAUACACUCGGAAAAAACUGUAUGCUUCAAUAUUAAUUCUACUCCAAUUAUUUCUAAUCAUAACCUUUACCGCCACAGAACUGAUCCUUUUCUAUAUUCUGUUUGAGGCGACACUAAUUCCGACCCUUAUUAUUAUCACCCGGUGAGGAAAUCAAACCGAACGAUUAAACGCAGGACUAUACUUUCUAUUCUAUACCCUAGUAGGAUCGUUACCACUUUUAGUUGCACUCCUACAUAUUCAAAACAACAUGGGCUCCCUGAGCUUUCUCAUAGUCCAAUACUGAGCCCGGCCUCUGCCAAACUCUUGAUCUAACAUUCUAUUAUGAUUAGCAUGCAUAAUGGCAUUCAUAGUAAAAAUGCCCCUAUACGGCCUCCACCUGUGACUACCAAAAGCACACGUAGAGGCCCCUAUUGCCGGCUCUAUAGUGCUUGCAGCCAUUCUACUAAAAUUAGGAGGGUACGGCAUAAUACGUGUCACAACUAUGCUAAAUCCUCUGACCAACUUCAUAGCUUAUCCCUUUAUAUUAUUAUCACUAUGAGGAAUAAUUAUAACAAGCUCCAUCUGUCUCCGCCAAACAGACCUAAAAUCUCUAAUUGCGUACUCCUCCGUCAGCCAUAUAGCAUUAGUAGUCGUAGCAGUUCUUAUCCAAACGCCAUGAAGCUACAUAGGGGCAACAACCCUAAUAAUUGCCCACGGCCUAACAUCAUCCAUAUUAUUCUGCCUAGCCAACUCAAACUAUGAACGAACCCACAGCCGUACUAUAAUCCUCGCACGAGGACUUCAAACCCUACUCCCCCUAAUAGCAGCCUGGUGACUUCUAGCAAGCCUCACAAACCUAGCCCUACCACCAACAAUCAAUCUAAUUGGAGAACUAUUUGUAGUAAUAGCCACCUUCUCAUGAUCAAACAUCACAAUCCUCCUAAUAGGAGCUAAUAUUAUUAUCACUGCCCUGUACUCCCUCUACAUGCUAAUCACUACGCAACGCGGUAAGCACACCCACCAUAUCAAAAACAUCAAACCAUCCUUUACACGAGAGAACACCCUAAUGGCCCUACAUAUACUUCCUCUACUCCUAUUAUCUCUCAACCCUAAAAUCAUCAUAGGUUUACUUUACU